AUGUCGCUCGCGCGCGGUUUGACAGCCGCGAGCGCGUCGAACGGAGCGAGCUCGAGCGCGUGUGGGGUCCGAGCGAAGCAGCGGGCGAUUCGAAGCUAUUCGGAGCGCGCUCGAGGGAUCGAACCAAAGACGCCGAGCGCGCGCGGCGGUUCGAGCGGCUGGCGAAACGCACGGCGCGCGUCUUUGAGACGCGCGUACGCGAUUUCUCCAGCGAGUCAGGAGGCGGGCGAGGCAGAGGAAGGCUACAAUGACGAUAGCGACAGCGAAGACAGCGAUGAGGAUCUCACGGGAGAGUAUCGAGGAGCCGUGCUCGUGCGGUCGAAUGGGCAGAAAGGGCUAGCGACGACGAAUAGGACAAACAACGGACGGAUCGGCGGAAGCUGGAAGCGAGCUCUCGCCGGGAGCGAUUACGUAUCCAAGUCGAAGGGAGUGGAGCCGAGCAAGAUGGCGCUUGAUGAGGCGCAAGUGAACGAGGACGAGGAAAUCGCCACUGGACUGCGGGACGAGGUGCAGACGGUGGAGACGGUGGAGGAGGCAAGACGAGUUUUGAAAAUUCUACUCGAUAACGCUGGCACCGCGAAACGACCUCUGUAUCAUGCGUGUGACACGGAAGUGGCGUACAUCGAUGUCUCGGAUCAGACGCCCGUCGGGCACGGGCAAGUGACGUGCUUUUCUGUGUUCUGUGGACCUGACGUGAACUUCGCUCCCGAGGGCGAGAGCAAACGGAGCUUAUUGUGGGUGGACACCCUGCGAGGCGGAGAAGGAGUUUGGGAAGUGUUCAAAGAAUACUUUGAAAACCCGAAUGUGAAGAAGGUGUGGCACAACUACAGCUUUGAUCGUCACGUGGUUGAGAACCACCACGGUAUCAAACUCGCCGGUUUCGCCGCUGACACCAUGCACAUGGCCCGUUUGUGGAACUCGAACCGAGGUCUCGACGGUGGUUACAGCCUCGAAGCUCUGUCAUCGAGCGCGGAAGUCAUGAGUGACUGCGCGGAAAUGUUGGGCGCGGGGGCGGAGAUGAUGCGCGCUAAGAGAGGGAUGAAGAAGAUUUUUGGUAAGCCCAAGCUCAAGAAGGACGGGACUCCGGGUAAGACGAUAAUUCUUCCCCCAGUCGAAGAAAUUCAAGAGGACGUAGAGCAACGAGACAAAUGGAUUGAAUAUUCAGCUCUCGACGCUCAGGCAACUUGGUUCCUGCGCGAGUCGCUCGAGGCAAAGCUUCGAGGGAUGUCCUGCGAGGCGUGUCCAAUCUUGGCAAGCAAACCUGGUUACCGCAAGUGCGUCACGCUCUGGGACUUUUACACGUUCUAUCUCGCCGAGUUCGGCAACUUACUCACACAAAUGGAGAGAAAUGGGCUGCUCGUAGACAAAGAACACCUAGCGAACGCGGAGAAGAUGGCUCUGGAAGACAAGCGAGUUGCCGAGGAAUACUUCAGGACUUGGGCUUCGGCGAAGUGCGAAGGCGCGAAGUUAAUGAACGUCGGCUCUGGGCUGCAGAUUCGUCAGCUGCUGUUCGCUGGGGCGAAGAACAAGCGGCGUGAUAAACCAGGGGUCGAACUCGUGCGCGAGUUUACGCAAGAAUCCACGGAAUGGCUCGCAUGGGACGCCGCUGGUCGAGAAGGAAAGGCGCCGAAGAAGACCAUGAAAGUUGCUCUUCACGGUAUCACUGUGAAGCCGAUUCCAGUGCAAACUUUCACCGCAACAGGUUUACCGGCGGUGAGCAGCGUCGUGCUUCGGUCGCUGGCUGGCAAGCCGGGCGCGGCUCGCGCCAUCAUGGACGCUUGGGAUACGCUUUCAGAUGAGGAAAAGUCGGAGGAAGCGUUGAAGAAGGCGUGCGGUGGCGCGUUUGAUGCGUUUGGUGGAGGACAAGAAGGAGUACAAGCAUGUGCGGCGAUCGAUGCGUUGAAUGAUGUCGCGGCGAUCGACACGUUACUAUCAAACUUCAUCAUUCCUCUGCAAGGUGAUGAUAUUCGUGGGCCAGAAGGUCGCGUGCACGGCGCUUUGAACAUCAACACUGAGACCGGACGUCUAUCCGCUCGACGUCCGAGCUUGCAGAAUCAACCCGCGCUUGAGAAAGAUCGCUACGGUAUUCGAAAAGCGUUCACUGCGGGACCUGGAAAUGUGCUCGUCGUCGCGGAUUACGGGCAGCUCGAGCUUCGCCUACUGGCACACAUGGCUGGUUGCAAGUCCAUGCAAGAAGCGUUUGAGGCGGGAGGCGAUUUCCAUAGCAGAACCGCACUUGGAAUGUACUCAAACAUUAAGGAUGCGAUCGCCAAGGGCGAAGUCGUUCUUGAAUACGGAGAGCAAGAAGAAGGAGUCGACGAAAAGGACCGUCCCGCUCUUGUGAAGGAUGUCUUCGCGAGCGAACGUCGUAAGGCGAAGGUGUUGAACUUUAGUAUCGCAUACGGGAAAACGGCGCACGGUUUGUCGAAGGAUUGGGGUACUUCUCUUGAAGAAGCGGCCAACACCGUCGAGUUGUGGUAUUCUGACCGCCCUGAAGUCCGAGACUGGCAAGAGGUUCAAAAGAAAAUGGCGGUCGAGAAGAACUUGGUUCGCACCCUGCUCGGUCGCGUGAGAAAUUUACCCGACGCGUCAAGCAAGAACGAAGCCUUCAAGUCGCACGCGCUCCGCGCCUCCAUCAACACCCCGAUCCAAGGCGGUGCAGCUGAUAUCGCCAUGUUAGCGAUGCUCCAAAUCCAGCGCUGUCCGCGCUUGAAAGAGCUCGGAUACAAGCUACUCAUGCAGAUUCACGACGAAGUCAUCCUCGAGGGACCCGAGGAACACAAGGACGAGGCGCUUGCCCUGACGAAGUAUCACAUGGAGAACCCGUUCCCGGGACACGUGAAUCUCCUCGACGUCGCACUCGCGGUCGAUGGCGAUUAUGCCAAGACCUGGUACGACGCCAAGUGA